GUGAGAGCAAGGCGUCUCAUGGAUUGACACGUGUAGUUGUGCAGAAGAAAUAACGCCGGGCAAAUAGAAUAAGGCAAAAAGUACACCUUUUAAACGUUCUUUUUUUUAAUUCAGUUUGGUUUUACAUUUCAACUGGAAUUACUGUGACGUUCCCUUAGAUCUAUACACGGUCUAUAAGUGAUAGGAGAUGGCACCGUCUCUCUCACAAGCCUACAGAAGGCGCUGGUGGAUGGCCUUGACGGCUAUAAUUGAGAAUCUGCUAUUCUCUGCUGUGUUGCUGGGCUGGGGCUCACUACUAAUCAUGCUCAAGUCUGAGGGUUUCUACUCACAUUUGUGCAUAGAAAAUGAGACCAAGCAUCAUGUUAAUGGAAGUUUGGAGGGGAGCAAUGUGUGGCUGAGCUGUGUUGAGCAAGAAGAGAUCCUAAAUCUUGGCUUUACGAUCGGCUCGUUCAUCAUCAGCGCAGCCACUCUGCCACUGGGAAUCCUGAUGGACAAGUAUGGGCCACGCCCCCUGCGACUUCUAGGCAGUUUCUGUUUUGCCUUCUCGGUGAUGUUGAUUGCUGUGGCAGCGUAUGAUCCUUUAAUAUUAUCACCUCUCAUCUUUAUUGCUGUCUCCUUUAAUGGCUUUGGAGGAAUAUGUCUGACCUUUACUUCAUUAACGCUCCCUAACAUGUUUGGAAAUGUCCGGUCCACCAUUCUUUCGCUCAUGAUUGGCUCCUAUGCUUCCUCUGCGGUUACCUUCCCAGGAGUCAAGCUAAUCUAUGAUCUAGGGGUUUCAUUCCGCUUGAUCUUCUGGGUGUGGUCAGGCUUGGCGUUCCUCGUCUUCAUCAACUGCUUACUUAAUUGGCCUGUGGAGCCUUUUCCUGCACCUGAGGCGAUCAGCUACAUUAAAAAAGUAAAGCUGAGUGGUGUAGCAAUGGAUCAUAAGGUGACGGGAGAUCGCUGCUACAGUCAUAUAACCACUGUAGGGCAGGGAAUGACUAAAAAACAGGUUUUGGAUGAGUAUAAACAAAAUAACGGAACAGCUGAAGAGAGCCAGGGUUCCCAGCCAUUUCGCCGCUCUGUGUUUUCUGCCAUCUUCUUGUGGAGCUUGAUCACCAUGCCGAUGACCCAGCUCCGUAUCAUAUUUUAUAUGGGAGCCAUGAAUAAGAUGCUGGAGUUCCUGGUUACAUACGGUGACCCCAAAGCUCCUGAAGACUUGAUGAAAAAGGCAGAAGAACAAGUCAGCCUCUACUCAUCUGUCUUCGGCACUAUGCAGCUGCUGUGUCUCCUGACCUCUCCUCUUAUUGGCUACAUCAUGGACUGGAAGAUGAAAGAGUGUGAAGAGGACAGUAGCUCGGUGGAUGGAGAGAAAAGGCCACCCAAGAGAGACGGGAAGAUCCAGAAACUCACCAAUGCAAUCAGAGCUUUUAUCUUCACCAACAUCUUACUAGUGUUGUUUGGAAUCACAUGCCUGAUAGACAACCUUCCUCUCCAGUUGGUGACUUUUGUUCUUCAUACUGUUGUAAGAGGUUUCGUUCACUCUUGCUGUGGAGGACUCUAUGCUGCUGUGUUCCCAUCUAACCACUUUGGCACUCUGACGGGUCUGCAGUCUCUACUGAGUGCCCUGUUUGCUCUCCUCCAGCAGCCAUUGUUUGUCUACAUGUUGGGUCCACUCAAUGGAGACCCGUACUGGAUCAACUUUGGGCUGCUUAUUUUCUCAGUGGUUGGCUUCCUGUUGCCAGGAUACCUGUUCUACCAUCGCAGACAUCUGAUUAAACAGAAGAAGGUACGAGAUCAAGCAGCAGCUGGCCAAUCAGCAGUUGCUCCUAACCAUUCAGCAAACGGCCCCGAAAACCUCUACAGUGAUGAGAAUGCUACAGACGAGGCUUAAGAAGGAACGAUGUAGAAAACUCAUUUGCGGCAACGCAGUCCUCCCUUUCUGAGCCACAAACAUAAAUGCAAAACUUUACACCAUGGGCAUUUUUAAUGAGACAUUCAGGGAAAUUUCUAUUCAGCAAUAUGUUCAGAUUUAAAAAAGGGAGCAAUUAUAAAAAAAAAAAAAAAAAAAAAAAGAAUCGCACAAUUUGUAAAUUUAAAAAAGGGAGCAAUUGCAGAAAAAAUGCAUGAUUUGUAAAUUGCAUUUAUGCAGUUUAUGGACUUUUAGGUCUUGUGACUGAACCAGCAA